UUAAAAUCUGCCGCAUUUGUUUCAGCAGUGAGUUAUCGAAGUUUGACUUCAAAAAACAAAAUCUGGUCUAAAGGUAUUAUACGACGUUCGGUCAACAUCAUUCACUCCUGGUCUGGUCGUGUCGCCUUGCCGGCAUUCGGUUGGUCGGUCUUUGUAGAAACAACACCGACACUGUCACCGAAACGAAAUUUAAAUUAAAUUAAAUUAACACGGAUCCCGUGAAGUGGACUUGUGGCGGUGGAACAAAAAUCGAUUUCCUCAGGAAUCAUCAUUUUGAUUUACAUAAAAAUGAUGACAAUGUUCAAAUGAUAUUUUCUCUCCAUGUGUUGAAGGAAAAAAAGAAAACUCAACUUAAAAGCGCGGGAAAAUGGAAUCCCCUUGGAUUUAAAUGUUUACAGUGAUUUGUGAAGAUUUAUAUUCGAAUUUUCAAAGUUGAGGAUCUUUGGUUAACAACUUGAGUGAAAGACGAGUCGAAUCGUGGAUUGUUGUGGCAUGAGGAAUAAUUUUAUUGGGUAAUUAAAAACGUAUCGUGUUGUACUUCAAAUUUCUUGAUUAUUAAUUAAAUUAAAACAAUGACUAAGAAGAAACCCCUCUAUAACGCGAUGUUACCGGUAUUACGCGGUGUGAACCUUAUGCAGUGUUAUGUAUUUCUGUCUCUAUGUGGUUCCGUGUUAUCGAUGGACAGAUUGUAUUAUAUCGGAGCCGUGGAAUUAGAUUGGAAUUAUGCGCCACAUGGACAAGCUCUGGUGGAAGAUCCUAUGGACAAGUCGUAUAAACAAUUCGCUGAAACAGCGGAGGAAAGAAUAGGCAGUGUUUAUAAAAAAGCCAUGUAUAAAGAAUAUACUGAUGAUAGUUUUACUGAAGAGAUACCCACUCCAGCUUGGCAGGGGAUAUUUGGUCCAACACUAAAAGGUGAAGAUGGAGACAGAAUUGUCAUCAAAUUUAAGAACAUGGCCUCUCGACCCUACAGCAUGCAUCCACAUGGUGUCCACUACGAUAAAAGACACGAAGGUGCUUUAUAUAUUGACAAAACGAGCGGUAAACCUAAAUAUGAUGACGAGGUACCAGUUGGUGAUAUAAACACUUAUAUCUGGUUGGUUGAAGGUGAAUUUGUACCUACAGUAGAUGAUCCACCAUGUUUACCAUGGGCUUAUCAUUCUCAUGGCUUUAAUGUUAUGGCGGAUACAAACGCUGGUUUAAUAGGAAUGCUGGUUACAUGUAAAGCAGGAAGUCUUGAUAAAGAUGGUAAACGAAAAGAUGUGGACAGGGAAUUUCCCGUUUUAAUGAAAGCAUUUAACGAAAAUCAAAGUUGGUAUUUUAGAGAGAAUAUGAAAAGAUGUUAUUCCGAGUCGGCUUGUAACUAUUUAAAUAAAAUACGGGAUUUACCGUUUGAUCAUAGCAACAGAAUGCAUUCUAUUAAUGGUUAUAUGUUGGGAAAUCUACCACCUUUCCAAGCUUGUGUAGCUGAUAGAGUUGUAUGGUACGUGGUCGGUUUUGGUGGUGAACGGGAUGUCCAUUCAUUCAGCGUGGAAGGAGAAACGUAUACUACAAGACACAGGCGUAUAACAUCAGAAGAAAUUAUAGCUGCAACAUUUAUAUCAGCCACAAUGACCUUAACUAAACCGGGUAAGAGAUUGGUCUAUUGUUCGGUCAACGAUCAUUAUGAAGAUGGUAUGAGAGAAUAUCUGAACGUUGAACAAUGUGGUGUAGAUAACCUGGAUGAUGACACCUCCCUAGAUGGAAGGACUCGAUCAUACAAGUUGAUGAUUGUAGAAGAUACAUGGGAUUAUGCACCAUCCGGUUAUAACAGAUUCAGUGGUAGGACUUUAGUUGAAGAGUGGAGUAUAGAAGCUCAGUAUUAUGCCGGACGGGCAGAUCGAAUUGGUAGUCAAUAUAAGAAAGCCCUUUUCCGCGAACCAACAGACGAUUCGUUCACUCAGGCUAAAGCGAGGAAAGUAUCGGAGGAUUCUCUGGGUAUACUUGGACCGUUUAUUAAAAUGGAAGUAGGAGAAAUACUAGAAGUAGAAGUUAUGAAUAAAGCAACAAGAACAUAUUCCUUCUAUCCCACUGGAUUAAGAAUGGUUGGUGUGGAUUUCACAAACAGAAACAGUGGUGAUUUUGUAACAGUGCCUAUACAACCCGGUGAGAAACAUACGUAUAAGUUUUAUGUGCCGGAUAAAAUGGGACCAACGCAUGCCGAUCCAGAUUGUAUUACUUACACCUAUUCGUCUAUGGUAGACAAAGUUAAAGAUGUUAAUUCAGGUCUAAUAGGACCUCUUGUGGUCUGUAAAAAAGGAAGUCUGGAUGAAAACAACAAACAGCACGACAUGGAUCAUGAAGUAGCCCUGUAUUUUAGUAAUAUAGAUGAGAAUUUAUCAUGGUAUUUAUGGGAGAAUAUUAAUAAGUAUUGUAUUCCUGAUAGAGUUUGGUAUUUGGAUCCAGGUUUCAUGGCAUCAAAUCGAAAAAUGACUGUGAAUGGUCGAGCUUACUCCAAUCUUAAAGGAAUUGAAUUUUGUCUGGGUAAUAAAGUAACGUUCCAUAUAUUUGCUAAAGGAAGUGAAUUUGAUGUCCAUUCGAUAUAUUUUCACGGUUUGAAUUUUGCGUUUUAUAGAACUACACGUGACACGUUGAAAUUAUUCCCGGGAACAACAGCUACAAUAGAAACAACUGUUACACGACCGGGUAUUUGGGCCAUUGCUUGCAGAAAUAAUUUCCAUUAUACACGUGGUAUGACAGCUACUUAUGAGGUCAAAGAUUGUGGUGGCUUUUACCAGACGCUGAAGAAGCCAUUUAUGCCCCGACAUACCAGACGUUAUUUUAUAGCAGCUGUGGAAAUAUUGUGGGAAUAUGCUCAAUCUAAAACAUCUCCUAUUACUGGCGAAUCACUGACGAAGAAGUGGAGUCCGUCGGAGAUUUUUGUAAAAGAUAACGAUAGAUAUAUCGGUACCAAAUAUUACAAGGCCAUUUAUAAAGAAUUUACAGAUUCCUCGUUUGAGCACGAGGUUGAGAGAACCGGAAAUGCUGAGCAUCUGGGAUAUCUGGGACCUAUGAUACGAGCUGAACAAGGCGACGUGGUGGAGAUUGUCUUUAAAAACAUGGCGUCACGGCCUUAUUCGAUACACGCUCAUUUAGUGAGCACCGAUAAAAAUAAUGAAGGAGCUUUAUAUUUUGAUAAAACUAGUUAUAAAGACGAUGACCGAGUUCCACCUGGUGGAUUUCAUGUCUAUAGGUGGGAAGUGAAACGUGGACCCAGUGAAGGUGACCCAGAUUGUAUUUCUUCUCUGUAUUACUCCUCAGUCAAUGCCGCACGUGACGCUUAUUCGGGCCUGAUUGGUCCUUUAGUUAUCUGUCGACCCGGUUUAAUGGGAGAGAACUCUAAAAGACAAGAUGUCGCAAGGGAAUUCUUUCUCUUAUUCGCUGCAACGAAUGAAAGCAUGAGCUGGUAUUUUCCCAAGAACGUGCGCGAGUUCGCUCCAUCACGUAUGGAUAACGGUAGAAUCAGAAACGAUCGUUUAUUUCUACGGCAUAACUUGAAGCAUAGUAUAAACGGCUUUAUCUAUCAGACAGUACCCGGUCUCGACAUGAACCAGGGGGAUCGCGUCGCCUGGUAUUUUGCAGGAUUCGGCGCUACAAUGGACGUUCAUUCAGUACAUUUUCACGGUAACGGGCUCAUAGAAGAAAAUGACGGUAGUCAUAUUAUGGAUGUUUUAAAUGUUUAUCAAGAGACGUCCGCGAGUGGAACGAUGGUGGCCGACAACCCGGGUCAAUGGCUGCUGCAUUGUCACGUGAGUGAGCACUUGGCGGCCGGCAUGGAAACUACUUACAUGGUUCAUGCAUCUACAGCAUAUUCAUCAGCAGAUAUGUUGGACGGCGGUUCUAAUUCCGCUAGUUCAAAUCACGAAUCAUGGGAUAAGAGUGACGACCAAGAUGUCGACAACAAUCACAAUCAUGAUAACGACAACAGCCACGACCAAGACCAAAACCAACACAUUAGGGCAGGUGCAACCGAGGGAGAUGGAGCAGUGUGCGUUCCAUCAAGAAAAAAAUAAAUACCCUGAAAUAUUUUUGGGUAUUAGGGAGGGAUAUUUUCUAAGCUUUUAUGGUUUCUAAAAUAGAAAUUUCAAUGUUUUUGUUUAUUUAAAAAAAAAACAACGUAAUUUCAUUCAUACAAAUCUUGUAAUUAUUAAAAUAGGACCUGUCAACCUCAGAGAAAAUUUAAUGUAGAAGGCGGGGAAAUUAACUAUCAUUAUUGUUUCAUGGCAAAAUUAUGCUGCUAUUUUGGUACACCACGAGAUUUUUUUAUGUUUGCUAGUUGUCAUUUAUUUCCCCUGUGACAUAAAGUCAAUUAUACGAAGUGAUUGAUAUGUUUAGGAUCCUUAGCGCGGAGGAUUGAAGGUAAUUUAGAGAUCUUUAUGAAUGAAAUCAUGUUCGAGUUUUUGUUGUUAAUCAAUAAGCGAUUAUUGCCAUCCCAGUGUUGGCGCCACUAUUUCUUGUACAGGUCUUUUUCGGUCAUUAUUUAUACUAUUAUCUAAAAUUGUUUCUGUAAAGCUUGUAAAAAGUGGUCGCAACUUAUAAAAACCCAUUCCGGGUAAUCGUUUAGAUACCCAUUUUCACCUAUUAAGAUCGUGCUACCGCCAACACAAAAUAAUUUUUAUGAAAUCAAAACCUCGGCCACAUUUGAUAAUAAAAUACAGAUGCUACAUCAUCACAUUAAACGAAUUGACCAAGUGACAAAAAAAGAAAAUGGUCUGACAUUUCCGCGCGUCGCUUCCUGGUUACAUCCUCAAUUAUUCUCCAUUCAAUUAAAUUUUGAAUUAUUAAAGCCACAUUAGGUAGGAUAAAAUAAAGAGCUGACAGUACUUGCUAUAAUAAUAGUUAAAAAAUAGAUAAUCAAAAGGCAGUAUGCUGAAAAUUUCAGUCCAAUUACUUCACUCUGAGCCAAGGAAUCGGCAAUAUACUUAUAGGCUAGCCUCGAUUGUCAUUAAUACCGUUGUUACGAUAAUAAACAAAGUCUCGAUUAUCUAUUUUUACGGUAACCACAUCCACUAAAUAUCGCAGGCAUCCGAAAGCAUCUAGAGUUGAUUAAGGCCUUGGUAAGUUAAAUAAUGUCUAACUGAUAAUUUAGAUACCAUUUCAGGCCUAAAGAAAGGCUAGCAAUAGGCAGAUGUAGCUCUUCUUGCAUAAAGUAUGUUUAAAGAUGCAUUAUGAAAGAGUUAAAUUUGCCUUUGGUUCUAGCUUCAAAUGUCAUUUAAAUUGUUAUUUAGACAUUUAUUAACAUGCAUGACAAGAUCAUAAUCGGAUGAUUCAGAUGUUGAAUGGAUUGGAAUAGCCUCGUCAUUUAAUGAUA